AUCAAAAUCAUAUGUUUAUUAUUCAUUUUUUACAAUUAGCAUAUUUUUAAGCAGAAUUUACAAAUACGAAUUGCUUUGUUUUAUUUGCGCAGCAUUAACGUUAUCAGACUUUCUGACCAUUUGGUAAGUAAACUUCAAUUUUUAAGAUGCCUGCAGUUGGUAUUGAUUUGGGAACGACAUAUUCUUGCGUGGGUGUAUGGCAGCAUGGAAAAGUAGAGAUUAUAGCAAAUGACCAAGGAAAUAGAACUACACCUAGUUAUGUCGCUUUUACUGACAAUGAAAGGCUAAUUGGAGAUGCGGCUAAAAAUCAAGUUGCCAUGAACCCUCUCAAUUCGGUCUUUGAUGCUAAAAGGUUAAUUGGCAGACGAUUCGAUGAUCCCAAAAUUCAGGAGGAUUUAAAACACUGGCCUUUCAAAGUCGUGAAUGAUUCUUCAAAGCCGAAGAUUCAAGUGGAAUAUAAAGGCUCUGUGAAAACAUUUGCCCCUGAGGAAAUCAGCUCGAUGGUUUUGGUCAAAAUGAAAGAAACGGCUGAAGCUUACUUAGGAAGUAAGGUGAAAGAUGCUGUAAUAACUGUACCUGCUUAUUUCAAUGAUUCACAACGCCAGGCAACAAAAGAUGCAGGAGCGAUAGCAGGUUUGAAUGUUUUAAGAAUAAUCAAUGAACCUACGGCUGCUGCAUUGGCCUAUGGUUUAGAUAAGAAUUUGAAAGGAGAGAGAAAUGUUUUGAUUUUUGAUCUGGGAGGUGGAACAUUUGAUGUUUCAAUUUUGACCAUAGACGAAGGGUCGUUGUUCGAGGUAAAAUCGACUGCAGGUGACACUCAUCUAGGAGGGGAAGAUUUUGACAACAGAUUAGUAAAUCAUUUUUCAGAAGAAUUUAAAAGAAAAUAUAAAAAGGAUCUGAAAUCAAAUCCCCGUGCCAUUCGGAGGUUGAGGACUGCAGCAGAAAGAGCAAAAAGAACUCUUUCAUCGAGUACUGAAGCUUCUAUAGAAAUCGAUGCACUUUAUGACGGUGUCGACUUCUAUACAAAAAUUUCUAGAGCAAGAUUUGAAGAACUUUGUGCAGAUUUAUUCAGAUCAACCCUGACUCCAGUUGAAAAAGCCUUAAAAGAUGCUAAACUUGACAAAGGCUCCAUCAACGAUGUAGUUUUAGUUGGAGGUUCAACAAGAAUACCAAAAAUUCAAAACCUCCUUCAAAACUUUUUUUCUGGUAAGGGGCUUAAUAUGUCUAUAAAUCCUGAUGAAGCUGUCGCUUAUGGUGCUGCUGUUCAAGCGGCCAUUUUGAGUGGGGAUCAGAGUUCCCAAAUUCAGGAUGUACUUCUUGUAGAUGUUACUCCACUGUCAUUAGGCAUAGAAACAGCGGGAGGUGUAAUGGCAAAGAUUGUCGACAGGAAUGCCAGAAUACCUUGCAAACAAUCUCAAACAUUCACAACAUACUCAGAUAAUCAAAAUGCUGUCACGAUCCAAGUGUUUGAGGGCGAGAGAGCUAUGACAAAAGACAAUAACCUCUUAGGGACAUUUGACCUCACAGGCAUUCCGCCAGCACCUAGAGGAGUUCCACAAAUUGAUGUGACUUUUGAUUUAGAUGCAAAUGGAAUUUUAAACGUUUCUGCGAAAGAUAACAGUACGGGUAAAUCUAAAAAUAUAGUUAUAAAGAAUGACAAAGGUCGUCUUUCCAAAGAAGAGAUAGAUAGAAUGGUCCAUGAUGCUGAGAAGUACAAAGCAGAAGAUGAGAAACAACGCUCACGAGUAGCAGCGAGAAACGAGCUUGAGGCUUAUAUCUUCGGAGUCAAACAAGCUGUAGACGAUGCAGGAAACAAGCUCAACGAAUCGGACAAAUCCAAACUGACAAGCAAAUGUGAUGAAGCAAUGAAAUGGCUCGACCGCAACCAACUGGCAGAAAAAGCAGAAUAUAAAUCGAAGCUGCAAGAAUUGCAAAAAUUAUGUAGCCCUUUAAUGUCAAAGCUACACGGUGCGGGGGGACAAACUGCAUCUUCUGGAGAUUCUGCACCGUACACUGUUGAUGAAGUUGAUUAAAUUUUUGCUCAAAUAUUUUCCAAAACAUAAUAAAUAGAUAUUAGAAA